UCUUCACAUCGUCAUGAUCGAAGACAAUAGAGAGAGCAACGGCCUCUCCGUGGAGCGGGGCAGGGCCACACUCAUCUUCUCCUUGAAGAAUGAAGUCGGAGGACUAAUCAAAGCCCUGAAAAUCUUCCAGGAGAAGCACAUCAACCUGUUACAUAUCGAGUCCCGGAAAUCAAAGCGAAGAAAUUCAGAAUUUGAGAUUUUUGUCGACUGUGACAUCAACAGACAGCAACUGGAUGACAUCUCUCACCUGCUGAAGUCCCACACCAGUGUUCUCUCUGUGGAUCCACCUGGCCAGCUCACCAUGAAGGAGGAUGAUAUGGAAACUGUCCUUUGGUUUCCAAAGAAGAUUUCUGACCUGGACUUCUGUGCUAACAGAGUGCUGAUGUACGGAUCUGAACUCGAUGCAGACCAUCCUGGCUUCAAAGACAGUGUGUACCGUAGAAGACGAAAGUAUUUUGCAGAGUUGGCUCUAAACUACAAACAUGGGGACCCCAUUCCCAAGGUUGAAUUCACUGAAGACGAGAUUAAGACCUGGGGAACCAUCUUCCGAGAGCUCACCAAACUCUACCCAACCCACGCUUGCAGGGAGUAUCUCAAAAACUUGCCUCUGCUUUCGAAAUAUUGUGGCUAUCAGGAAGAUAACAUCCCACAAUUAGAAGACAUUUCCAACUUUUUAAAAGAGCGCACAGGCUUCUCCAUCCGUCCAGUAGCUGGUUACCUAUCACCAAGAGACUUCCUAUCGGGCUUAGCUUUUCGAGUCUUUCACUGCACUCAGUAUGUGAGACACAGCUCAGAUCCCCUCUACACCCCAGAGCCAGAUACCUGCCAUGAACUCUUAGGUCAUGUUCCCCUCUUGGCCGAACCUAGUUUUGCUCAAUUCUCCCAAGAAAUUGGCCUGGCUUCACUUGGAGCUUCAGAGGAGUCUGUUCAGGAACUGGCUACGUGCUACUUUUUCACAGUGGAGUUUGGACUGUGUAAACAAGAUGGUCAGCUGAGAGUAUUUGGCGCCGGUUUGCUUUCUUCUGUCAGUGAGCUCAAACAUGCGCUUUCUGGAUAUGCCAAAGUAAAGCCGUUUGAUCCUAAGAUUGCCUGUAAGCAAGAAUGUCUCAUCACAACUUUCCAGGAUGUCUACUUUGUGUCUGAGAGCUUUGAAGAUGCAAAGGAGAAGAUGAGAGAAUUUACCAAAACAGUGAAACGCCCAUUUGGAGUGAAGUAUAAUCCAUACACACAGAGCAUUCAGGUCCUGAAAGACGUCAAGGACACAGCCAGUGUGGUGAAUGACCUGGGGCAGGAUCUAGACUCCAGUGACGCCCUUGCCAAGGCCAGCAGGCCCCCAAGAGUGUGA